CCAGCCCUAUAGUCCAAAGCCUGUCACAGCGACGGCGAACGGCGAAACGCGCCGUAUCAGUGGAGGGCUGCUGCUUCAAGAACUGGAAGAGAGAAGCGGCAAAUUUCCGAACACAAAACGAUUCAUCACCGCCGAAGAUCAGAAGUCAAUCUUAGUCGCUCAUCGCUCCGCUCAUGCAAUCCGAACUCGACUCUCUUCGACUCAGAGUCAAGGACUUGGAGUCAGAGAAUGCAAGAUUGUCUUCUCUUCUCUCAAAUUGCAAAUGUUCUAAGGAAUGUAGAAAUGUGGAUACUGGUAUUGGUUCGGCAGAGGAGAUACAAGGACUGAAAUUGCAUACUGAUGAUAAAAUGAAUCAGAAAGUCAAAGGUUUCAGUAAUAAAAUUAGGAGCAUGCAUCAAUACUCGAAGAGAUAUGUUGCCCUCAAAGUAAUGUAUUUUGGUCAGAGGUUUUUUGGUUUUGCUUCAGAAGGACAAAUGGAUCCAACUAUUGAGUCAGAAAUUUUUAGAGCUCUUGAGAAGACACGUCUCAUAGAUGGUACCAAGAAGGAUUUGCAGUACUCAAGGUGUGGCAGAACUGAUAAGGGUGUUUCAUCUGUUGGACAAGUUAUUUCUCUUUUUUUAAGAUCAAAACUCAAUGACGCAGACACGGGAAGUGGAUGCCCUCAGGAAUUUCAGAUGAAGGAACUUUACGAAGGGGAGUUAGAUUACGUGAGAAUACUGAAUAAAGAGCUUCCAAAGGAUAUUCGAGUUAUGGGAUGGUGUCCUGUUCCAGUUGAUUUCAGUUCAAGGUUUAGUUGCUUGAGCAGGGAGUACAAGUACUUCUUCUGGAGAGAAAAUCUGAAUAUAAAGGCAAUGGAAAAUGCUGGGAAGAAAUUCAUUGGGGAACACGACUUCAGAAAUUUUUGUAAAAUGGAUGCAGCAAAUGUGCACAGCUUCAAACGGUGCAUUACAGAAUUCAAAAUAUUCCCUUGCGCUGAAAGAUUUGAUGAAGAUCAGCUAUGGGUUGUGAAAAUCAAAGGUACUGCUUUUCUGUGGCACCAGGUCAGGUGUAUUGUUGCCGUCUUGUUUCUCAUUGGGAAGGGCCUUGAAUCUCCUGAUUUGAUUGAGAUAUUGUUGGAUACUGAAAAAAUUCCAAAGAAACCUCAAUAUGUAAUGGCUCCUGAGAUCCCAUUGGUGCUUCAAUCAUGCAAUUUUGAGGCUCUCAAGUUUGUAUGUUCUUCAGGUUCAAGGAAAGCAUUGCUUGACCACUUAGAGAUGGAAUGCAAGUCUUACAAAAUUCAGUCUGCUAUAUUUCACGAGGCUUUCUUAAGCUGUUCGCUUAGCGAGAAUGAUGAAAUUUUGUUGGAAGAUAAACCAAAGAAACCGCCUUCCCAUAUCCCCUUAAUGUUACGGCCCACCGAGCCAUCGUACGAGGAGCGGUGCGUGAAGUUGAACUCACAACUUAAGGUGAAGAAGAAGAACCCAUUAAGUUAAAAGUUUAUGUAACAAUUGAAUUAUAUAUAAGUUAUUAAUAUUAUACUUUGUAGUUUCUUUUUGUGGGAGCUUAUAGAUAAAGAGAAAGGAACAGUUCAAUUAUUUGAUUUGAUAAGACAUUUUAAACUUGUUGUGGACCUUCACUCCCAUAUGGGCAUAUGCAGUUAGCUGUGACUUUAAUCAAACUCCUCAUUAACCAUCAUCAUAACCUUUUUCAAAAAAGUUU